AUGUGGAUAAGUCUGAAAAUAUUGUUGUCUGGGCUUUGUGGGCCGCUCAGCUUUAGUUAUCUGAGGAAAAAAGUGAAGAGCAACUUUUCAGCGAAUGAAGAGACCCAACCGAUUGAUUCUCUUCCUUCUUCGCCUUCUGAUUCUGCGACGGAAAUUUUAUGUGGCUUCGCUGGAAUUAAGUCAAUACCAAGAGCAAUGUCGGCGCCAAUCGCAAUUAAGCCUUUGUCGAACUUUCGUCUUUGCUGCAUUUCCCGGAGCUCCAGGAAUUGGCUUUGUUGCGCCGGCGGAGGAGAUGAGGAGCGUAUUGUUAUGGAUCACGGUGGCUGUAUGCUCGCUAGGCUCUGCCUCGGCGGUGGUUCGGAGCGGAUCCAGCGAUGGAUUUGGAAAACCAAGAGAUACCGAGACGGCGAUAUCGUUUCUGGAAAACGAAUCGAUAGCAUCAAAGGCUUCCAUGGUGCCUCUCACCUUGACUUCAAAGGAGCUGUGUGCCUGGAUGGGACGCUGCCUGGUUAUCAUCUAGAUCGUGGGUUUGGUUCAGGUGCCAACAGUUGGCUUAUCCAUCUUGAGGGAGGAGGAUGGUGUAACAGCCAUAGUAGCUGUGUGUAUCGGAAAACAACUCGCCGUGGUUCCUCAUUACGAUGUCAUGUGUUUCCCGCGUAUGGAACUGUCCAGAAGAUUGCUAUUUUGAGAAGAAUGCAAAAGAAGCACUGGACGGACACUGCAUAUAUGACGGUGAUGGAUAAAAGUAACACUACCAACAACAAAAGAAAAGAGCCUGGUUCUCCUACAAAAUCGCCAAAGCCAAAAAGAACACUACCUACAAGAUCACCGGCAUGGGACGUUUUCACUAAGCUCAAAGAUAAUGAGUUAAAGUGCUCCUGCAACUAUUGUGGUAAAACUUAUUCAUGUAAUCCUGCUACAUGUGGAACUACCAAUUUGAAUACGCACAUGAAAAAGUGCAAAGCUUACUUAGAUCAUCUAGAAUCUGAUUCUCAGAAAGUCUUAGCUUCUAGUGACUUUAAUCCUCCUGAGACGACGGAUGUGCACACAUCUAAGUAG